CUGCCGUCGGGGUUGGCGCUGGAGCGGACCUGGGGCCCGGCGGCUGGACUGGAGGCGCAGUUGGCGGCUCUGGGGCUCGGGCAGCCGGCGGGGCCGGGGGUCAAGACGGUCGGCGGGGGCUGCUGCCCGUGCCCGUGCCCAUGCCCCCCGCAGCCGCCCCCUCCGCAGCCCCAGCCCCCUGCUACCGCCCCGCAGGCCGGGGAGGACCCCACGGAAACGAGCGACGCGCUGCUGGUCCUGGAGGGCUUGGAGUCGGAGGCCGAGAGCCUGGAGACGAACAGCUGCUCGGAAGAGGAGCUCAGCAGCCCGGGCCGCGGAGGAGGAGGAGGGGGCGGCCGGCUUCUGCUGCAACCCCCGGGUCCUGAAUUGCCCCCGGUGCCCUUCCCGAUGCAAGACUUGGUCCCCCCCGGGCGCUUGAGUAGAGGGGAGCAGCAGCAACCACCCCCGCCCCCGCCUCCUCCCGGACCCCUCCGGCCGCUCGCGGGCCCUUCUCGGAAGGGCUCCCUCAAAAUCCGUCUCAGUCGCCUCUUUCGCACGAAGAGCUGCAACGGCGGCCCCGGAGGUGGGGAUGGGGCCGGCAAGAGGUCUUCUGGAGAGCUGGCUGCUUCAGCUGCGAGCCUGACGGACAUGGGAGGCUCCUCGGGCCGGGAGCUGGACGCCGGGAGGAAACCCAGGUUGACAAGAACUCAAAGUGCCUUUUCUCCGGUCUCCUUCAGCCCGCUGUUCACAGGUGAAACCGUGUCGCUUGUGGACGUGGACAUCUCUCAGCGGGGCCUGACCUCUCCACACCCUCCAACUCCCCCUCCUCCUCCAAGAAGAAGCCUCAGCCUCUUAGAUGAUAUCAGUGGGACGCUGCCUACAUCUGUCCUUGUGGCUCCGAUGGGGUCUUCCCUGCAGUCUUUCCCCCUACCUCCGCCUCCUCCACCCCAUGCCCCAGACGCAUUUCCCCGGAUCGCUCCCAUCCGGGCAGCCGAAUCCCUGCACAGCCAGCCCCCCCAGCACCUCCAGUGUCCGCUCUACCGGCCCGACUCCAGCAGCUUUGCAGCCAGCCUUCGAGAGUUGGAGAAGUGUGGUUGGUACUGGGGACCGAUGAACUGGGAAGAUGCAGAGAUGAAGCUGAAAGGGAAGCCAGACGGCUCUUUCCUGGUACGAGAUAGCUCCGAUCCUCGUUAUAUCCUGAGCCUCAGUUUCCGGUCACAGGGUAUCACCCACCACACGAGAAUGGAGCACUACAGAGGAACUUUCAGCCUGUGGUGUCAUCCUAAAUUUGAGGAUCGCUGUCAAUCAGUGGUGGAGUUCAUUAAGAGAGCCAUCAUGCACUCCAAGAACGGGAAGUUUCUCUAUUUCUUGAGAUCCAGGGUUCCAGGACUGCCACCAACUCCAGUCCAGCUGCUCUAUCCGGUGUCUCGAUUCAGCAACGUCAAAUCCCUCCAGCACCUUUGCAGAUUCCGAAUCCGACAGCUCGUCCGGAUAGAUCACAUCCCAGAUCUCCCACUGCCUAAACCUCUGAUCUCUUAUAUCCGGAAGUUCUACUACUAUGAUCCUCAGGAAGAGGUGUACCUGUCUCUAAAGGAAGCGCAGCUCAUUUCCAAACAGAAGCAAGAGGUUGAACCCUCCACGUAGCGAGGGCCCCCCUGUUGGUCGCCACCAAGGGCAUUUGGUUGCCAAGCUCCAGUUUUGAAGAACCAAAAGAAGCUACCAUGGAGGGGAGUGAGGAAGGAGGGACUGGAAGGGCGGAGAUCCUCUGCGCAAAGACACUGGUUCCCCUCGCCGCCCUGGGGCUUGGAAGAAGCACACAGCCACGCUCUCAGAGCGGGGCCCCACUCUUCAUGCCCAGCCCCCGCGCUCUCCUGGAACUGGACGCGCUCCUUGGAAAACUGGAAGAAGUCUCAACACUGUUCCUUUUUUUAGAAGUUUUGUUUUGGAUAUUUGCAUUUCUCAGUAUGGAAAACUUCCUUUAAAGGCAGCUGGGGUCUGUGCCCAUCGGACUGGAAGUGGCACCCAGGGCAAGACAGGUCCCGGGGAGGGGAGAGGAGGAGGGAUUGCCAGGGACGGUCAUUCAGCCGGUGCCAAGGGCAGAGUGCGGUGCUCACCAUCGACCUUGAAGAAGGAGUGAGAAGGAGUCAUAAGUGUAGAUCAAGUUGGGAGUUUCUGUGGGAUGAGACUCUGCUUCUCUUGAAGCAUGGGUAGCCUCGGUAGGAGCAGGAAAGAAAGGAGGGCGGGCGGUCUCGAAUAGAAAAUGACCGAACACAGAGAGCCUCUGCGGGGGGGAAGUAGCGACUCGUCACAUCCUUUCCUUUUAAGGUUCAGGAACCUGAUUCCAGAAUCACCUCUCAUAGAAGCUGUGCUCGUUUUGUCCUCCCGAAUUCCUGAGCUCUGUGAUCUCAGCCAGUCCCAUUCUUCCUCCCCCCGCCACCCUCCACCCCUCCCCUCGAGAUGACUGUACACUGCACUCCGAUCGUGGUAACACCGUUCCUGUUGCCUCUGCCGGCUGUCAGGGCAGUGGAUUUUCUCAUCACCUGAGCAGCUGAGAGCCCCAGUCACGAGCUGCUAAAGUUAAUGGAGCGUGCUUCCAGAUUCGUAAUGGCACGCGUACCCGUGACAGGAUCAGCGGCACUUCCCUCCGUAUGUCUGUCAGCUAGUGCGAGGGAAUAUGGAGGACGGUGAGAAAGGAAGCUUCGUACUUGGGCUCUUUGGAGAAGCUGCUCUCCAGGGUCUCAGCCUUAAUGGAGCGUCGUCGGGUCAGAGAGGAGGAGAGCAUUACAUCUCAUGGUUUGUAGGUUUAUCGCUGUUGUCCCACUUCUGGGACGGGAGGUAGCAAGAGCUUUUUUGUUUACCUGUGUCUUUUCUUGCAUCCCAAGCAUUUUCGUGAGUCAGAUCCUGUUUGCCCCUCCGCCCCUUCGUUGGGAAGUGUGACAGCUGCUGGUUUGGGAGCUCCCCACCUUCCCGGUGGAAGUGGGGGAGGAGUGAGAACUCCAGGGCUUUCCAGUGGUCUUUGAUUUUUUUCUGAAGCGGGCCAUUGUCAGAUCAUUUCGUAUUAUGCGUUGGCUCUUCUGUAGAGUUACUCUGGGGAAAGGUUUGCUGUUAAGAGGUGAACACUGAGCUGUUUUGGUCUUUGCUAUUCCAUUAGACUUCCUUUUUUGGUUCCCCUGUGUUUGUAUCUGCCUCAUCUCAUGAGAUAAAAUAAUAUUGUCGGGUUUGUGGUUUCCUGAUGGUUGGGGGGUGAGGCCCCGGUGUCUUGGUAGUUUAUAGGACUGUCUCCUCCAGAAGUGUGCGCCUUCUGCCGUAUGUCCUGCAUGGAGUGGCCGGGGCAGGGAGGGAAGCUUGCGUUGUUACCUGCGUGUAAAGAGGUGGCCCACAAAAUGAGCUUGUGGUAUACAGACGCAGCCCAGCUUGGUUUUGUUGUGAGGUCCCUCUUCUCUCCUUGGAGUCCGUGGGAGGAUUACCAGCCAAUUAAGAUCACAAUCCCAGAAACUGGCUUCACCCUUGAGUCUUGCCUCUUGGGAGUGUGGAUUAACUUGCCAUCUUGCAGAAAGUACCCCCAACAGUAGAGCUUAUAUCUGGAAUCCAUUGGGAUCCUUGAGUGGCUGAUGUGCAGCUCUUUGGGAUUUUUUUUUUUAAUACCAUUUCAUCCACCCAUCAUUUAAAAUUCUUUUUUUUAGUGUGAGUGUGUUUGCCUGGCUCAGGGCUAGAUACUGUGAAAAAUGCAAGAGGGGAAACACAUGAUGUCUGGCCUGAGAGAGCUUUUAGGUGAGUGUCAUCCACGAAGCAAUUGGAGAAUGACCCAGUGGGGCAGAAGAAUCAAGGGCCGUCUUGAAAAAAGGUCAGAUGGAUACGAUCAGGGUAGACCAGGUGGUCCGGGAGAGCUCUGUGGUGGCCAGGCUUCGGGUCCUGGGCGAGGGGAGGACGGUGAGACAGGAAACACAUGGAUGGAAGCAUGGACGCGGGGAUCUGCAGGGGGUGUGCCGAGCGGUGUGCGGCCCCAGGCCUCGCGGCAGCAGUGAUCCCUCCUUUCUCGGUUUACACGGAAACUUCCGAGCGUCAGGCAGAUCUGAGUCCUGAGGGCUGUGAUGGUGAAGCGGAACGCAAAGCCGGAAGCCAGCUGGCUCCUGCCCAAGGCCAGGGGCCUCACCGCCCUCAGCGCAGUCUGGGUGCUACCCCUUGUGUUUCUGCUGGAGGAUUCAGACCGUCAGGUCUAGUACCACACCAGCUGAGGAGGCCUGACCCAACCUCACCACCAUCCUUCCUUCCCCUCCUGGGAAAGGGCAUUGUGUACCUGUGUCCAUGAUGUGUUUGUGUGCUGCUCACAGCCCAGGCUGUAGCCCCGGCCUCCUCAGUUGCACGAGAGGAGACAGACGCCACUGGGAGAUGAGGGGGAGGAAGAGGCAGGAGCAGGGCAGCCGGCUGAGGGACCAGCGUCGUCGGAGAGCGGAGAGCGGAGAGGGAGCAGGAGAGGCUGGCCUAUGCCCAGCACUUGCCCUCCUCUCUCCCGGCCGGACCCACUCAUCCUCUGCCAGUUCUCUGUUGGGCUCCUUGAAAGGCAGUCCGCAGACGGAAGUGCUUCCUUUUUGAUGGUUGUAUUUUAAAGUCGCAAACUGGAAAAAGGUUCUCACCUCUAGGGACCCACCAUUGAUUUCCGAGUUGUGGAUGGGUCCUUGUUCGUGGGACCCUUACUUGUUAGUGGUUGACUUACUGUCACCUUCCUCAGGUCAGGUGUGAACCACCGUGAGCUAGUGACAACUACUGCUACAAUUUGCUGUUACUUGAAAUUCGCGUGCUGUGGCAGGGACAGAGUGCAGAGGGUGAGGCUUGGCCGUGAGGACUAGGUAAGUGUGUGACAGCUGGGAAUGUAGGACCAUUGUCGGUGGCCUCCGCCUGUCAGCUAGCCGGUGUAGACAGUGUAGAUCUAGUGAAUGUGAGCUGUGGACGGCAGAGCUCAGGCUCCUGAGAGGAGAGGUGUGGCGGGAAGCUCACCACCCCAGUUUCCUCUCCUCCUGUCCUUCCUUUCCCUGGGGCUGAUGGUGUCGGCUGUCACCAAGGUAGGGAGUGACAUGGGGAUGGCUGCAAACACACUCGCAGCGCACAUCCGGGAAGGCCUGGACAGCGGGAUGGUGCUUGAGCGUGAGAGCCUAGAGGUGAGCUGGAUGCCCUGGGGGGCCCACCUUUUCAGCCCCUGGGCUGCUCGAAGCCCUUGGGUCCCAGCAGGAAAUGGGGCUGGCGGGGCUUUUCUCUCAGGUUAGAGCCUUCUGCUGCUGCCUCCUCCUGGGCCUCGAGCCCUGAAGUCGGAGGACCAGCUGUGAGGAUAUAGCUCCACGGCUGCAGGAAGGAGGUCUGAGAGUCUGUGUGUGUGUCUGUGUGUGCGUGUGCCCGUGCGCGCACACGUCUGUGUGUCUGUCUUCAUUUGCGGAGGUCUUGCCACCAGUUGGGGUUGAGAGCAUCUCCAUUGUGGGGAGACCUGCCAUUUGUUUUCCACUUUUAAGAGAAUGACAUGCCCCCUGUCCCUAAGGGAGGAGCUUUUGAGUUAGACAUUUUCCCUAUGGGAAUCCUCUUGGUUUGGUUUGUGGGAAAGGGGGGAAUGGAUAAAUGAUUUUUAUCUCGAUUGUCAACACAGCUGUUCUUACACUGAAUUUGUGCUAUUGCAUACAUGUAGCCAUCUUUCUUUUCACUGCAGCAGUGUUUAUCAGUAGUUCAAAAUGAUUUAUUUGCUCCUGGGGAGUAAAAUCUUUUUUAUUAAAAAAGAAAAACAAAAAAAAGAGAGCCAAGUGUGGCUCCCUCCCCCCGUGUAGCUGUAGGAUUAGUGGGCCUCAAAGAAAGCUCAAGAAGGCAAAGUCGAGUCUGCCAGUCCCCAUGACCUGUCCUGUUUCGCCAUCGGAGCCUUCGUGCUCAGCACAAAAGGGCAGGGGGCCUUGAGAAGAUGGAGAGCAGAGCAUCGGAAGGAGUGAGUGGGGUGUGGACCGUAGAGAUGGAGGCACUGGGGACUCAGGUGCUGCAGUUAGAAAAACCGAGUAAGGAAUUGUAUUUCGACUAUCGUCUAAUCUGCCAGGGAAAGACCUUUCUUUACAUACAGAUUCCAUACUGUCUUUGUCCUCUCCAUCACUUCUUGACCUUCUGGGAGGUGCCAGCCCAGUUUCUCCCUGCUUCCCGUCCAUCCCCUGUGCCCCUCUGCCCCUCCCCUCACACUCCUGUCUACCUCUGGGAAGCCAGUCCUGCACGCUGAGUCUGUGACUUGCCUUCACGCGCUCAUUUCAUCCUGGGUAGAGGGUGCGCGGAGCUGCCCCCUCCCCGCUCCCUCCCAAGUGCCAGGAGGCAUGAAGGGGCAGGUAAAAAGCAGCCCGCCGUGGCGGGAAGACGUGGAAUGUCUGGCUGCAGCUGGACUGCAGCCGUGGCUCCUGGAGAGAGUGUGUGAAAAGAACGUAGGACACUCUUGCUCGGAUGCUGGGAUGCUCACACACCGCCCGCCCAGCCCGGGUGGGGCAGGAAGGCCGGCCUGGCUACUCCAUCCCUGGUGCUCCCUCGAAGGGGGACCUGCCCCUCACCGUUAGGCCCAGAGCCUCUUCCAAGGGACAAGCGUGAUCCAGGCGCUGCUCUGUGGGCAGGCCGGUCGUUGGAGCUCCCGCACUGGUGCUGCCUGUGGCACGGCCACCUCUGUACAGUUUUUGGUUGUUUUUAAGAAACUCAAUGAAGAGGGGGUGUCGUUCUGGGCUCAGGGUGGUUGCCAGUUCUUCUCCCAGAAGGGGAGCCGCACCCCUGCAACCACCCCUGUCCUGUUUGCCACCCCUGCCCUCCUCCAAGCCAAAGCGUGGCCUGGCUUUUGUCUUCCCCUUGAGUUGUCCUCCUCUCCUCCCCCUUUUUGUGCUUAAUUUAUUAAAAUAGUUGCUGUAUAAUUUAUUUUCAUAAAUGAUAAAAAAUUACUAAAUGGUAAAAUAGACUUGCAGGCCAAUCUUAAACGGGGCGGGAGGGUCCACGGGUGGGGUGGGAGAAGGGAAAGAUGUUUUGAUAUAAACAAAUGCACUUUGGGUGUGUUUUGGUAUUUUUCUGGGGAUAGAUGGGUGGGUACCGGGACGUCCCUGUAGACUAGUUCCAGAAGGGGGUGUCUGUAUAUACUGUAUCAAUAGGCAUGUUUGACUCUUAUAAAGGGGUGUUAGUAGCUGCUGCAGGUCCUGUUUGGAAACCCCACGUACAACUCCCAGUUUUUGUAAGUGUCAGUGCGGGAGACAUUUGACUCUUGUGUUUGUAUCUCCUUUUUAUGAUUGCUGUACUGACCCAUGUCUUUUUGGGGAGGGAUGAAAAGAUUUGAAAUAAAAAUGUUUAGAAAUUA